UUCUCUGGAAAUACUCAAAGAAUAAUUCUCAGGCGCCUCUCUCCUUACUCCUCAAAGCCUCGGAUUCCUUCUUUAAAAUCCCACUCAAAGAAUGGUUUUCAUUGUUGUUUGCUCUCCAGAGAAAACAUGUAACUGAUGAAAUUUGUUUCAAUGGACUGGAGGCUUGAAUAGCAAAUAGCAAAAAAGGGAGUGGAGAUGAGGGGAGAGUCAUCUGGUUUGAUCAUUGGGAUUUCCAUAGGAGUAGUGAUCGGUGUGCUUUUAGCUAUUUUUGCACUGUUUUGUAUCAGGUAUCAUAGAAAGAGAUCCCAGAUAGGAAACAGCAGUUCCAGGAGAGCUGCAACUAUUCCUAUCAGGGCUAAUGGAGCUGAUUCUUGUAAUAUAUUAUCGGAUUCAACUAUUGGUCCUGAGUCACCUGUGAAAUCUGGAAGAAAUGGAAUGUCUGUGUGGCUUGAAGGGUUUAGAAGGAGCAACGUUGUCUCUGUGUCUGGAAUACCCGAGUACUCAUACAAGGAUUUGCAGAAAGCAACCUAUAAUUUUACAACACUAAUAGGACAAGGAGCCUUUGGCCCAGUUUAUAAAGCUCAGAUGUCAACUGGCGAGAUUGUCGCUGUAAAGGUGCUUGCAACUGAUUCUAAACAAGGGGAGAAAGAGUUUCAGACGGAGGUUAUGUUAUUGGGAAGGCUGCAUCACAGAAACCUUGUAAAUUUGGUUGGAUAUUGUGCUGAAAAGGGGCAGCAUAUACUUGUUUAUGUGUACAUGGGUAAAGGCAGCUUGGCUUCUCAUCUGUACAGUGAAAAUCAUGAACCUCUGAGCUGGAAUUUGAGGGUUUAUAUCGCUUUAGAUGUAGCACGGGGCUUGGAAUAUCUUCAUGAUGGGGCAGUUCCUCCUGUAGUACACCGGGACAUUAAGUCAUCCAAUAUUCUGUUGGAUCAGUCCAUGAGAGCCAGGGUAGCUGAUUUUGGGCUUUCAAGAGAAGAGAUGGUAGACAAACAUGCUGCUAAUAUACGAGGAACUUUUGGAUAUCUUGAUCCAGAAUAUAUAUCUACAAGGACCUUUAAAAAAAGUGAUGUUUACAGCUUUGGGGUAUUGCUUUUUGAACUAAUAGCUGGCAGAAAUCCUCUACAGGGUCUCAUGGAAUAUGUUGAGCUGGCAGCUAUGAGUACUGAAGGGAAAGUUGGGUGGGAGGAAAUUGUGGAUUCACGUUUGGACAGUAAAUUUGAUGUGCAAGAGCUCAAUGAAGUAGCAGCCCUCGCAUAUAAGUGUGUCAACCAUGCUCCCAAAAAACGACCUUCCAUGAGGGAUAUCGUGCAAGUGCUAAUACGAAUCCUGAAAACAAGACACAGCAAGAAGCAUCACAAGUCCCUCUCUGCCACUGCAGAGGAGGUUUCAGUCGACUUAGAGCGAGGAGAAGCUAAGAUAACGAUCGCUGAACACGAACACCGGAGAGACGAGUCCAUGGACAGUGCAGCUGACACCUUCGAAGUGUAGCCGAAGGUUCCUUUCCAUUUGUUAAUUUGCUAAAAUCUUUCUUGGUUUUGUCUUUUGUUUUGUGAUGUACCUGAGGAUGUGAAGGAAGCUAAAGCAAAGAGCAGGUUUGGUGUAGUAUUUCCCCUUGAGAGUGGGUUUAGGGGUAAAAGGGAUUGCUUGUAAUUUGGUGUAACAUAGUUAGGCUUUCCUCUUUUUAAUACUUUUUGCCCCACUUUUUGGUUUUGCUGAUCUAAUUUUGUAUAUUAAUACUUUAGAAAUGAAAAUGAAUGAUAGAAAUGUUUUUUUCUUUCCA